AUGCAGAACCCCAACGACUCAGAAAUCCAAAACCCAGAUCAACCCAGAAACACAUCAAAGGAAUCGUUCGACCAAUCUGCACCCACUCCAGUCACCGGACAACUUCCUACUCCAACUUCAUGGCCGUAUGCACCAUGGGUUCCAGUUCAAGGACCAUGGGCCACUGGGCCAAGUUCGGGCGAUAGACCCGAAUUCAAUCCGGGUGGGUCGGGAAUGAAUCCCUACCCGAAUUUCCCACCUGGGUUUGCGCCGCUGGUCCUUCCGCCCUUCGCCGGCCGUCCAGAACCCGGAGAUGCAUUGUACACGUCAUCGCCCGACGGCCCGGCUGCGACUCAUCACCCUUCAACUCACCGGACCGGAUCACUACUCAACAUGGGCGAGGGAUUUUCGGCGGGCUCUGGUUACCAAGGACAAGGAUGGAUUCCUUGA